AUGUUCGAUAGGAAACCGAAUUUCUAUUCCACAUUUAGGUUCGAUAUCAUCUAUCGUCAGCCGAUUUUGCCAAUGCACUCGCACCGUGAUCGGUCGAGCACUGAUUGUCGUUCUUUCAAGCCAAGAAUCCGUUCACAACUCAGAUCGCAUUUCAAAAUGGCUGCCAAGUUCCUCUUUCAUCUCAUUCCAUGGUGCUCUUUACAUUUUCGUUAUUUUCCCUCUGUUCAUCGGCUUCUCCUUUCCGGGGUUUUCACGUUUGGUCUCACUUUCGUGACUUUUUUUCUUGGUUUACUUUCUUGCAUUUUUAACCGUUGUUUUAUUGACAUUUCGAUCAUUUUAGCCAUUUUUAUUUCGAUUUUCAACAUCCUUCGAAUUUAUUUUACCUUUUCCCUCACCCCUCGCACCCCGCUUCUCUUUUUCUUCUUUUCUUUCCGCUCUUUAUUUUAUUUAUUUAUUUUUUGUUUUUUGCCGAUUUUCUUUCAGCUUCUCUUUGGCAGAUUCUUUCUUUCUUUCUUUCUUUCUUUCUUUCUUUCUUUCUUUCUUUCUUUCUUUCUUUCCCCUCUCUCUAUUUAUUUCUUCGCCAAUUCUUUCUUUCUUUUUCCUAAGUUCUUUUUUGAUAGUUUGUUUAAUGUUUUUAGUUACUUCUUUAUUUUUAUUGUAAUUCCCUUUAUAUUUUAUUCUAUUCUUCCCUCUUUAUUUGUUUAUUUCUUGUUUCUCUUUUCUUUUCUUCAUUUGCCAUUCCAAUGUUUUUACAUACUUUAUUCUUUCUUUCUUUUUUCUUUCUAUUUCUUUCUUCUUUUUUAA